AGUGCAGAGCGCUUUCGCGGCAGCAUCAUGAAAACCUAUGGAGCGAGUGUACAGCAGAGAAACUGCUGUUCUAACAACUGUGUGACAUACUGUGGUAAAGAUGGAGUUUGUUAAAGAGGAGAUUGAAGACAUGAGUGAUCCACAACCAUCCAGAAUGAAUCAUGAAGAUACUGAGGAACAAACAGACCUGAUGGAAGUGAAGAAGGAACGUUUAGAACUGAAUGAAGAGGAAGAUUUCAUAAACAAUUCCUCCCAAAACGGAGCUCAAAGAACAGAAGCCAAAAACCCUUUGACCUGCCCUCAAUGUGAAAAGAGUUUCACGCAAAAAGGAAGCCUCGUUAGUCACAUCAGAAUCCACACCGGAGAGCGUCCAUACACGUGUCCGCACUGCGGGAGGAGCUUCGCACGUAAAUACAGCUUGAAUGUGCACUUAAGAGUCCACACUGGAGAGAAACCCUACACCUGUCCUCAAUGCGCAAAGACUUUCACGCAAAAGGAACACCUGAAUAGUCACGUAAGAAUUCACACUGGAAAGAAACCAUUCGUUUGUCAUCAAUGCGGAAGUGGUUUCACACGUAACGACAGCUUGAAGAACCACUCGAGAAUUCACACUGGCAUGAAGUCCUUUAUUUGCCCUCAGUGUGGAAAGAGCUUUAACUGGGCUCACAAUUUCAACAAUCAUCUGCGCUCUCAUUCUGGAGCGAAGCCUUUCAGCUGCGAUCAAUGUGGCGAAAAAUGUCCGUCUGCGUCCGCUUUAAGAUACCACCUCCAAUCUCAUGCAAAUGAAAGACCUCACUUGUGUUCUUCGUGCGGAAAGAGUUUUGCGCGUCUGGACUCUUUUAAAGCGCACCAGAAACUGCAUAGCGGCGUGAGACCUUAUGUUUGUUCAGACUGCGGCAGGACGUUUAGUAAAGCCACCAACUUGAAGGAGCACCAGAAGAUUCAUAUCGGAGAAACACCGUACAAGUGUUCGCUUUGUGACAAGAGUUACAGUCAGUCGGGAUCCUUGAAAGCGCACGAGCGACUUCAUACUGGAGAAAGACCGUAUCGCUGUGCUCAGUGUGGAAAGAGUUUCUUAAAAUCAAGUCAUCUGGUGGCACAUAUUAAAAUACACCGUCCGAAUGCUUCACAGUGAGCUACUGGACAUAUAAAAAAGUGUUUUGUGUGGAUAAUGUAAAGACAUUAAUCAUAUCUGAUAAAAGUGAAUAGAACGUUAAAUAAAAUGUUAAAUAUAUGCAUGAGAGAUUAAAGAGCAUUAAGUAACAUAAAGAGACGUAAAAAGCACUUUACUUUUAUUUUAAAGCAAGACACUACAUUCAAAAAAAAAGUUUUUUCAUGCACUGGUCAAUUUUGAGAUUUUGGCUUUCCAAAGCUUGUUUUUUACUAGUGGACAGAAAAUAUCCAAAAUACACUUUUAAGUGUUUAUUUUAUUGCACUUUAUGUAUUUGCAUAUGAUUUCAAAUACAAUAUACAUUUUUAAGGGUUGGUUUCUUAACAUGUGUUUUUUUUUUUUUUUUCUCCUCUGCUUGAGCAAUACUUACACCAAUUUUUACUGUAUUCUGAUUGUUUCUACAGAGGGGUUUGAUCAUAUACCAUUCGCCUGAUAUAUGUUUAACAUUUUAUUAUGAAAAACAUGAUGAAAAUGAUUUAUUUUCUGGAUUUUGACAGUGUUUUCUGAUUUAUGGAGUGCUAAAAAGAGCGAUUAAAAACGUCUAAUAUGGCAAGUUUUUAACCUGGCUUCAUCCCGUGUUCAGAUUUGAAUGCAAAUGAGUGCAAAUAUAGUUAGAUAAAGCAUCAUUUUCAUAUUUAAACAUAAGAUUUUUUGAAAACUUGUAAUACAAAAAAUGUUUGCAAUACUUACAAAUAUGGUGAUAUACUGUAUAUAUGGUGAUUGCAUUAAAAAAAAACUGUCAGUGUGUUUGAAAAUAUAUGGAAGUAAGUUAUUCAUGUUUUUUUAAUGUUAUAAUAGUGUUACUGUGUGAUCUGAUUGUCAUGGGAUAUAUUAUUGUAAUUUAUAUAGCCUACUUUGUCUUGUUUGACUGACAAAAUAAAAAAGCCUGUUGAUUGAGCAAAAUGAAUAAUUUUUAUAAAAGUAUAAUCAACAGGAUUCAUAUUUGCACUGUAAAUAAACCAUAAAGUGCAAAAUUAGUUUGAAGUCUUCUCAGUGAUCUGAUUGAUUGAACAAAUCAGCUUUUAUGAGUCAUUCAAGUCAUGAAUUGAGCUACACGGCUCUACUUUGUUAUUAAUUCACUAAAAGCUAUCGACUCAUAAGAGCUGUUUGUGUUCAUAUUAUCCUGGAAGACUAACUCUUGGCAAUAUUCUGACAGAAAUAACAGUUAUUGUGUUAAACUGAGCUGCUGAAAAGCCACUUUGUCUUAUUUAUUUUUAUUUUUUC